AUGUUCAAAGCAGAGGAGUGCUUAAAAGGAGAAAAGGACAGAGUGUCUCAUUAUCUUCAUUCUAGUAGUGAGCCAAAGCUUCUUGAGUCUUUGGUAAUGGAACUGUGGACGUGGUGGUGGUGGUUAUCGUGGUGGUGCCCCAGUCAACCAAAUCCAAACCUUAAUUUAGUUGCUGUUGGGCUUACUCCUGGUGGUAUUGGUGGAGCUGAAGGACCUGAUCGUAUAUUUGUUGGGGGUUUACUGUAUUACUUUACUGAGGAUAGAGAUACUGGAAACUCUAAAGGAUAUGGUUUAUGUGUCUAUGAGGAUCAAGCAGCCACAGACGUUGUCUGUGCUGCACUUAAUGGCUUAAAAAUGGGGGAUAAAACACUCACAGUCAGACGUGCAACCAUCUGCGGGCAGAUGAAAUCUGAACAGGAGACCAUUAUGGCCCAGACUUAA